AGGCGGCGGAGCGGGCGGAGCGGGCGGAGCGGGCGGCCGCGGGCGCCGCCGCCUCCUCCUCCAUGGCUGUUUACCCGGCUGCAUUGUGGGAGUUUGACCUCCGCCGCCGCCAACCGCCGCCUCAGCCUGCGCCGCCGCCGCCGCCGCCGCCGCGCACGCCAUGGGAGCCGUGACUGACGACGAAGUCAUACGGAAGCGUCUCUUAAUUGAUGGAGAUGGUGCCGGAGAUGAUCGAAGAAUCAAUCUGCUAGUGAAAAGUUUCAUUAAAUGGUGCAACUCCGGGUCCCAGGAAGAGGGAUACAGCCAGUACCAACGAAUGCUGAGCACACUGUCCCAAUGUGAAUUUUCAAUGGGCAAAACUUUGCUGGUAUAUGAUAUGAAUCUCAGAGAAAUGGAAAAUUAUGAAAAAAUUUACAAAGAAAUAGAACCUUUUCGUAUAGAAUGUAGCAUUGCUGGAGCACAUGAAAAAAUUGCUGAGUGCAAAAAGCAAAUUCUUCAAGCAAAGCGAAUACGAAAAAAUCGCCAAGAAUAUGAUGCUUUAGCAAAAGUGAUCCAGCACCAUCCAGACAGGCAUGAGACAUUAAGGGAACUAGAGUCCUUGGGAAAAGAACUAGAGCAUCUUUCACAUAUUAAAGAAAGUGUUGAAGAUAAGCUGGAAUUGAGACGGAAACAGUUUCACGUUCUACUUAGUACCAUCCACGAACUUCAGCAAACACUAGAAAAUGAUGAAAAGCUCUCAGAGGUAGAAGAAGCUCAAGAAGCCAGCAUAGAAACAGAUCCUAAGCCAUAGACAAGCUAAUCAUUGACCAUUCCCAAGAAUGUGGAAGUAACAGCAUGCGCCUAGUGUGUUUAGAAUUUGUUGUGUUCUUGAGAUACUUAAAGUUUUGGCAGUAAACUACUUUCCUGUCAAAUAUUAAUGCACAGUUCAUUCAUAUUUCUUUACACAAAACAAAAACUUCAGUAUAGAUUUGUUUGUAUUGGGGAAACCCGGGUUGCUCAGCAGUUUAGCGCCGCCUUCAGCCCAGGGCGUGACCCUGGAGACCCGGAAUCAAGUCCCAUGUCGGGCUCCCUGCGUGGAGCCUGCUUCUCCCCUGCCUGUGUCUCUGUCUCUGUCUCUGUCUCUCUGUCUCUGUGUCUCUCAUGAAUAAAUAAAUUUUUAAAAAAUUCUUAAAAAAAAAAGAUUUGUUUGUAUUGAAAUGUCUUUUUUAUUCUUAAAAGAGGAAGCAAUACCCAGAAAUGUUUAAUAAAAUGUUUUCAAGCCAGA